AUGGGAGCCCGUUUUUCAUACGAAUCUGCUUCGGAUUCACAAAGAGCACAUGGCAACGACGACUGUAAACACAAGUACAUUGACGAUGUCCUCGAGGAAGAAUGUAAACACUGCAGGGACUCCGUGGAUCAAGGAGUGGAUGAGUUGGCAUCAUUAGGCAUUACAGAUUAUAAGGAUCAGUUUCCAUUUGAAAAUCUCGUCUUUGAGGGCGGUGGUGCUAAAGGCGUGGUUUAUCCGGGAGCUCUACUGGCCUUGGAGGAAUUGGGAAUACUAAAGAAAAUCAAGAGAAUUGCUGGAACAAGCGUGGGCUCCAUGACUGCAUGUAUGCUUGCGCUUGGGUACAAUUCCCAGGAAAUACGCAAAGUCAUGAAAAAAGAUUUUAGCACAUUCUUCGACGCCAGAUUUGGGCAUUUAAGUUUACUCCCAAAUCUACUGCGCUACUUCGGGUGGCAGCCCAUGAACUCAUUGUACAAAUUCACGGGAGAGCUCGUGGAAGAGAAACUUGGAAGUAAAGAUGCAACGUUUAUGGACUUGUACAACAAGACAGGAAAGGAACUUUGUGUCGUUGUCACUAACGUCAACAACAUGGAGGAGGAAUAUUUUCAUCCCAAAACCACACCCGACGUACCGAUCAGAUUGGCGGUCCGAAUGUCGGCAAGUAUUCCAGGCCUGAUGCAACCGGUGCAUUUUAAGAAGUAUGGUCAUGAGAACGUUUAUGUAGAUGGUGGAUUGCUGGCUAACUAUCCGAUCACUUGUUUUGACGGCUGGUGGUUAUCGAUGGAGCGCGAAGAUUCGUUUUUCAAAAAAAUUCACCCUCUUGAGAAGCUUCCUCAUAUCAUGGAUAGAAAACACAGGUUUGCUCGGGACGAAAAGACUGCCGAUAAAACCCUGGGUUUCGUUUUGUACGCUGAAGACGAAAAGCAAAGCUUCAAGCCUGUGUUCGAAGAUAGACGGAAGACAUCGGUGGUUUAUCCCGACACAAAAAUGGGAAGAAAAGCGAUGGAGAAUAUAAAGAACAUGGAGAAGCUUCAUAUAGAAGACGGGCAUAUGGAAUCCACUGUCAAUAAAUUCUUAGAGCUAACAUCAAAAUACGUCGAGGGUAGCGAUGAAGUGAUCAGGAAAGAAGACGUUGUGCUGAUCCUGAACGAUGAAAUCUUCACAGAAAGAGAUAAACAACGCCUCUUUGGAAAAGACGUCAGCCCAGAACACGUAAUGAAUAGACUAGAUAGAAGUGGAGAUGGCAAUAUUAAAUAUGCAGACUUGGUCGCUUUUGUAGAAGAAAUGGGAUUUACUCUCGUAAAUCGAACUUUGGGAUAUGAAAGACAGAAAGUGUCAACAUUUUUCAAUCUACUAAAAACACUCUAUCAAACGAUGUCUCACAAUAUCACCCAGAUUGGAUUUAGUUCCGAUGACUUGUCUAGAACCAUAGGACUGAACUCGCAUUACGUGGGAACCUUGACAUUUGACUUAGAAGAGGAGGACAUGGAAUUUCUAAACAAGGAAUCCUAUCAAUCUACGAUGGCAUUUUUGAAAAACUUUGCAGCAACGAAAUUAAAACCAAAGGACGACGUUUCAGUUUAAUUGUGUACGUUUGAACAAAGAAGAAGGUUCACUGUCAAAGACGUACCUGUUAUCCAGUGUUACUAAUUUAAUUCUUUACACUUUAAACUGUUUUGCCCGAAACGAUCAUGUAACAGAGAAUCUUAAUUAGACUAAUAUAAAUGUCGACAUUUAUGCUACUUUUACAUAUCUGUUUAGCUCUAGACAUCCUUAUAUGCAAUCGGGCACCGUCUAAAAUAUAGGUGACAGGUGACCAGGCGCUGUCUAUGAUGUACCGUAUAUCGGGAGAUAUAGGUAACAGGUGACUGUCUAUGAUAUACCGUAUAUCGGGGAAUUUGGCGCGCUGGAAAUGUUGGUGUUUUUGGCGGACGAGGAAAGUUAAUCGCCAAAAAUGAAAGCGCCAAAAUUUCCAAUCAUAUUUCAAUGAUAUAACUGUUAAAUGAAAAUUCGCCAAGAAAAGGAAGCACUAAUAUCAAAGCUUUAAUUUUUUUUUUUUAAAAUUCGCUGAAUAUUCCCGACGCAAAAAUAACCCACAAUUCGGUACAUGUUGAUGUCGCCUUAUAUAUGACAAGUUAAAAUCUUCAUUUUGUAUUCCUUUUUUGUAAUUGAUCUAUUUCUUAUUUCUUCUUUAUAUCAUUUAACAUACAAUGAAGUAGUAAUGAUGGCAGAAAUAUAUUUAUUAUAAGGUAGCAGAAUUUUACUCACAUAUAACUACAUCUACUCUUAUGAUGGUUUAUGUGGUAACUUUCAGAUAAUUGAAAAUCUGGCACGUCCAAAAAGAUUUUGUAUCACCCUUCCCCCGAUUGUCUAUGGAAAAAACUAAGAAGAACAUUAAAUGUUUAUAUCUAACACUUAGCGUUGUUAUACUAAUAUUGAAAUCAGUACUAGUAAUGUGUUGUGAUGAUUAUGACUAUUUGCAUGUCACUUGCAUAGGGUAAGAGUCAAAUGACUAUACUUUCGAGCACUCAAUCUGAUAGUGUUCA